UUGUGGACAUAAAUUUUUGGAAAAAGGAGGCAUUUUGUGCGUUUAAUAAAGCAAAAAAAAAAAAAAAUAAAAAAAAAAUCUAUUGAAUCAUAACUAAGAAAAAUUAGUAAUGUUAAAAAUUUACUUAAACGAAUCAAUUUAAACGGUGCUAACGAGUUUUUCUCAAAACGCGUAUGACGGCAGAUUCCUUUACAAUUGCAAAAUUAAAGUGCUCAAUGUAAUUGACGGUCUUGUACAGCUCUCAACACUGGUACCAGUGCGUUGAUGAUAUUAAAAACAUUUUUAUCGAUUAGGUAGUUCACUUUUAAACAUUUGAAUGGAUACUAACGGCACUGAAGGCUGUCAUAGUGAAACGAAUGGUACUAAAACCGGUGGUACUGAUGCUCUUUUGGGUACUUCACCGCAAACAUCCAAUUUGCGUUGCCGCACAGAUAGCGAAAGUUCAGACAAAAUGACGCGUUUUGUUUUGCCCAGCAUGGAUGGUAGUCCACCGAAAGUUUUAACUUUAAACGAACUUGCUAAUGUUUUCAAAAACAUACAGAACAUGGAAUUGGCUCACGAGAUUGCUUUGAAUCCUGAAUUCAAAUUGCAACCUUAUGAGCCGCCAGAAAAUAGCUUGGAGAGACGUAUAAAAGAUAUAUUGCAUAAAGCAUUUUGGGACUGUUUACGCGAAGAAUUAAAUCAAACGCCGCCAUGUUAUGAUCAUGCCAUACAAUUACUUGGUGAUAUUAAAGAAUGUUUUCCUCAGAUUCUCUCGCCAACUAAUAAACGUACCUUAGAGCAUAUAAAUGAGGUGCUCGAUGAGACCGUCAUAAGGCAACAAGUCGAAAAAGGUGUUUUAGAUUUUAGAUCAUAUGCUGAUUUUGUCAUACAAAUUAUGGCAAAAUCGUGUGCGCCGGCUCGUGAUGAAAUUAUACAAAAUUUAACUAAAAUUAAAAACGUUGUGGAUACAUUCAAAGGCAUCUUAGAAACGAUGACCCUUAUGAAACUGGAUAUGGCCAAUUUUCUAUUGGAUUUUUCUCGCAAUGAUAUUAUGGCCAAUUCAGUCGAGUAUGAGAAGCAAAAAUUCAACGAAUACUUAGAAUACUAUAAAUUCGGCUUCCCUGCCACCGAAAAUUGGCUUAAUCGGAAUCGUACACGCGAUGCCAACAAUGUAGCCAGCACUGCCGAUCAAACCAUUUCCAAUGCAUAUAUGGAAUUAAUGGACUGGCCAGAUAAUGUGGAAUUCCCCGAAAUUUUAUCUAUUGAUAAAGAACGUAUCCUAAAACUUGGUUUACGUGCUAAACGACUAUGCAUUUGUGCUUCUUUAAUUUCUAUUAGUUCAGCGGUACCUAUAAUAUCGCAGCGUCCUUAUAAUCGCAUCGAAUUAAGUAAACAAUUUGAAAUUCUUUUACAGAAUAUGAAUGAUGAAAAGGAUGUGACUAUCGUAAUGGAAAAUAUAUGGGAACAAAUUAAAAUUAAUAUUAAUCAGUAUUUGCAAAAAGAGGAGCAAGCCGUAAUGGAUGAAGCAUCCGAGAAUAUGCUUAAAGCUCAGAUCAUGCAAAUCGCUAAUAAGGAUGCACCGGUACGACAAUUAAUGUGGAAACGUUUGCAAACUUAUUUUCGCUUGAUGUUACGCCUUAAGACGGGGUCUCCGCCACCACCACCAGGUUUCGCCGAUUUUAAAGAAGAACUCGAAUCCUAUGCCAAAGCGUUGAGACGUGUUAUCGCUUACAAUCAUUCAGUAUUCGGUGAUUAUUUCUUACAAAUACUGAAUAAACAUCAAGUUGAAAAUUCUGAAAUAAAUGGUCAAAACCAAACUGAAAUUGCUAUGAACGGAGAAAAUAAGCAUAAUUUACUAGUUACUGAAACUACUGAAGCCCAUCAUCAAUAAUUGGCCGCUGAAGUAACCGCUCUAAAGAGAUUCGAAUGGCUUAAUGUACGAGAAAACUCGUUAUGGAAAGGCUAACGCAAUAGCUUUUUUUUUUUUUUUUUUUUUUUUAAGUUAUGUAAUGUAUUAAACUCACUUGGAAAGGAUCUGUGAGUCAUAUUCUAAUGUGAACAAUAAGUAGAUGUAACACUCAGCACAUAAUUGCUAAGCUUAUGUAUUACUUAUUGAAUUGCUUUGUGCAAACAAGUGGCGAUACUGCUUAUAUUAGAAACAUUUUAAAAACACUAAACUAACAAACAAUAUUGGUUUACAAGAAAAAACAGAAAAAAAAAAGAAAACAAUAUGAAUGCAAAUGAAUGUUUUAAUAAAUUACGUUAGCCGUUGCAUUAGAAGUUGCAUUAUAGACGCUUUCAAAAUUACGAAAAAAAAAAAAAAAAAGAAAAGAAAAAUAUAC